GCUGUAGGUCAAUCCUUGCGGGUGCUUUUAUUGGAUGUGCCGCUGUCAAGCAGUGCUGAAGAAUUGGAAGGGCAAACGCCAGAAAAGGCAGAGAAAAGACAAACAUAAAAUCAGCAUUAUGUAGCUCGAUUCUGCCUUACCUCCGCUGUCGUCUACCGUAGAUAAUCCCGCCGUCCCCGAUUUCAGAUCCGAAACUUGUGGACACGGAGCGGUCUUGUGUUUUUUUUUUUUUUUUUUUUUUUGUGUUUGUUUUUUCCUCUCUCUCUCUCUCUCUUUCUCUCCCUCUCUCUCUCUCUCUCUCUCUCUCCCUCUCUCUGUCUCUCUGAAGCGAUUGCAUUCUCCAGAGGUGGUACGUCCACAUAUUACAAUCUGACAGCCCUCUACAUCCUUUUUUUUUUUUUUUUUUUUUUUUACGACAGAAUGAGAGAAAUUCGCGGAGCCUGGUAACACUGUAGCCAAUUGCACCCGGGUUUGGACCUCUUUAUAUCAGGCGGAUCAUCCUCAACCCGGUCAUCGGAUGCCUUGAAUGGAGAUUUGCAAGCCAUCCACCGAGAUCUUACCGCUUCCUAAAUUGGUGAAUUGAAGCUGAUAAAUGGAGUGUUGUGUCGGACUACAUGGCAUUAUGUUCCACGCUGGGUGUUUGACAUCGGAGCGACUGACCAGAAUAACACCCUGCAGUGUGAAAAUUUCAGCCUGUUGAUGAUGAACCGCUCAGGACUGGAGCAAAGUGUCGUGAGAACCGGUUUAUGGCCCGUGUCUUGAGCUGAAGUGGGCUACCAGAUUGUUUAAGAGAGAGAGAGAGAAAGAGGGAAAGAGAGUGAGAGGGGGAGAAAAAAAAGCAUCAUAUUUGAUGGCUCCGGGGUGGAGGAGGAGGACGACUACACAUGAAACCUUGGACACAUAAAAUGGAUAAAACUAUUGCGUGAAGCUGGCGGGGGGACUGCAUGGUGUGUUUUUAAGGCCUACUUGAUAACAGUGAAGUUGAGGGGGGGUGGGGGGGAGAGAAAAAAAAAAUAUGAGAAAAUGGUGAUGUGGUACGAAGAAGGCUUGAAGAGGAGCCGGAGUGAGGGAUAAAAUCACCCAUGGGGAUCUGAGCAGACCAGCUGAAGAAUAACGGAAUCCAAGUUUUCGAGGAUAAGACAGCUGCUUUGAUUAAAGACCUCCAAUUAACUUCAUGUGAAAAAGAGAGGGAGGAAAUCAGCUUCCUGGUCGGGGGUGGGGGAUAGAAAGAUUUAUUAUUCAUGCCUUGUGUCAGAGCAAUUGGAGAACCGGCUUUGCUGUGGCCUAGAUGAUACAUAUGUAUUUAUAUAUAUGUAUAUAUAUAUAUUUAAAAAAAUAUGAACCUUUAAAAAGGAAGAGUGGACCCUUUAAGAAAUAAAAAGAAAAGAGAAGACGAAUGACACUCGGGUAGCCUCAAAGUAAAGCACUUGCGCAAAAAGAAAAAGGCUGAAGUGGGUUGAAGCAUGGGCUGUGCUUCAAGUAUUCAUAUCUCUGAUAGGGUGGUCUACCACAGUGGAAAAGAGUCCGAGGAUUCCCACUCACCCCAGCAGACUAAUACCACUCAGCAUCAAGGAAAUCCUGCCUCGGGACUACCCCUAAAACCCCCGAGCUGCAAGACCACAUUAACAGAGGUGCAAUUUGGACCAAUGAAGUUAUUUAAAGACCCACUUCAGGUACUUUUAGUUUUUGCCAAAGAGGACAGUCAGAGUAAUGGCUUCUGCUGGGCAUGUGAGAAGGCCAACUUCAGGUGCAGCAUGGCACGAACACCGGAGUCGGCUCUUGAAUGCUUCUCGGAGAAGCAUCAUGACCUCGUCAUCAUUGACCACAGACAUUCCAGACACUUUGACGCUGAAGCACUAUGCCGGUCAAUUAGAGCGGUCAACUCUUCAGAAAACACUGUGAUAGUCGCCGUUGUGAAAAGGCCAGACAGAGAGGAAGCCUCUGUGAUGCCCCUGAUCAAUGCCGGCUUUAAUAGGAGAUAUGUGGAGAAUGCCAAUAUGAUGGCUUGCUAUAAUGAGCUGCUACAGUUGGAGCAUGGAGAGGUGCGGGCGCAGUUCAAACUGAGGGCUGGAAAUGCUAUUUUCACAGCUCUAGAACAAAGCCAAGAGGCCAUAGAGAUCACUUCUGAAGAUCAAGUAAUUCAGUACGUGAACCCUGCCUACGAGUCCAUUAUGGGCUACCAAAAAGGCGAGCUAAUAGGGAAGGAAAUAAUAGAAGUGCCUAAAAGUGAGAAGAAUAAGCCUGAUCUCCUUGAAACAAUAAAUUCCUGCAUACGGAAAGGAAAGGAGUGGCAGGGGAUUUAUUAUGCCAAAAAGAAGAAUGGAGACAGCAUUCAGCAAAAUGUGAAGAUCACACCUGUAAUUGGACAGGGAGGAAAAAUCAGACACUAUGUGUCUAUCAACUGGCCUUUAAAUGAUAAUAAUAAGAGUGAUAAAACCAGUGAACGUGUGCAGGCAGAGUCUCAGACUGACAUCCAAUCCAGUAAGCACAAAGACCGGAGGAAAGGCUCUCUGGACGUAAGAUCUACAACAUCUCGGGGGAGCGAUGGGAGCUCACAGCGAAGGCACUCCUCAAUGGCCCGAAUCCACUCCAUGACUAUAGAAGCUCCCAUCACGAAGGUAAUCAACAUCAUCAAUGCAGCGCAAGAAAGCAGUCCUAUGCCUGUGGCAGAGGCCUUGGAUCGGGUACUGGAGAUCCUGAGGACCACUGAGCUCUACUCCCCACAGUUAGGCACCAAGGAUGAAGACCCUCACACGAAUGACCUUGUGGGGGGGCUCAUGACGGAUGGUUUACGCAGAUUGUCAGGAAAUGAAUACAUCUUUUCCACAAAACAACCCCACCAUAUUCCCAGUCACCUGAUAACUCCUCUGUCGUUAAACGACAUCCCCCCUCGCAUCGCCCAGACCAUGGAGAAUGAGGACUCUUGGGAUUUUGAUGUCUUCAACUUGGAGGCUGCAACUAUGAAACGGCCUUUGACCUACUUGGGCCUGAAGAUCUUCUCCCGCUUUGGGGUCUGCGAGUUCCUAAACUGCCCUGAGGCCACUUUGCGCUCCUGGCUACAAGUGAUUGAAGCCAACUACCACUCCAGUAACUCCUACCACAACUCUUCUCAUGCAGCUGAUGUAUUGCACGCAACAGCAUAUUUCCUCUGCAAGGAGAGGGUCAAGCAAAGUUUGGAUCCCAUUGAUGAGGUGGCUGCCCUGAUUGCUGCUACUGUGCACGAUGUGGACCACCCAGGCCGCACCAACAGCUUCCUGUGCAAUGCAGGAAGCGAGCUGGCCAUCCUCUAUAAUGACACAGCUGUGCUAGAGAGCCACCAUGCUGCACUGGCCUUCCAGAUCACCACAAGAGAUGAUAAGUGCAACAUAUUCAAAAACAUUGAAAGGAAUGAAUAUCGAACACUACGACAGGCCAUCAUUGAUAUGGUGCUCGCAACUGAGAUGACCAAACACUUUGAACAUGUCAACAAAUUUGUCAACAGCAUCAACAAGCCACUGGCUGCUCUGGAGGAGAAUGGGGGAAACGGUGACGAGGAAUCUGUAAAAAGCGUUCUGACAUCCCCAGAGAAUCGCAUCCUCGUCAAGCGGAUGCUGAUUAAGUGUGCAGACAUCUCCAAUCCAUGCAGGCCUCAGGAGCUCUGUAUAGAAUGGGCCGGACGCAUCUCAGAGGAGUAUUUUGCACAGACGGACGAAGAGAAGAGACAAGGUCUACCAGUGGUUAUGCCUGUGUUUGACAGAAACACGUGUAGCAUCCCAAAGUCCCAGAUUUCCUUCAUAGACUACUUCAUUACGGACAUGUUUGAUGCAUGGGAUGCUUUUGCAGACCUCCCCAAUCUUAUGCAGCACUUGGACAACAACUUCAAGUACUGGAAAGGCCUUGAUGAGAGGAAGCUGCACAGCCUGCGACCACCUCCAGAGUAGGCUCUGCAGUGUCCAACCCCCCGGGACUCUGCAGUCUGGGGCAGCCCUUCUCUCUCGUGCUGGGGCGUCUCUCUCCCUGCCAGCCAAAGGGCCUCCUCGCCUUCACUCUCCUGCUUCUGUAGCACGCCGAGCGUCCACAUGUCCGUCCAUACAGAAACCACAGAAGGACUUCCUGACAGGCAGUUGCAGCGGGGACAUUGCUGGCUUUACAACCCUGUCAGAUGAGAACUGUGACAAACAGACACGGACACACAGCAUCCUUAUGAACUUCUCGUGCCGCUCAGGCAUUCGCAGUGUAGCUGGUCAAGUGACAUGACUGAGAGAGGCUCCUUACAGGUCUCCUGGCAAAGCAUCCGUCCCCUAAUUACCACAGUGGCUCUCCUGUCUGGCUGUGAAGUUGCUGUUUAAGUAAAAACUACUUGUUUACUGAAGGAGCGAGCAACACUGGAGGAGUAGAUGGAAUUGUGGUCUGGAUAUGAAGGUGUCCCAACACCAUCAGGCCAUACAAUCACCUUUGACCUCCAUCCCUUUGCUCGCAGCAAGGCAGGACUACUCCCUCUGCCCCUGGAGGCCACACCAUGAAAGAACACUCCACUGCUUUUUUUUUUUUUUUUUUUGGGCAAUAUACUCAUGUGUCCUUCAGAAACACAUCCAAGUUGACACGUAGCGGUCAUAACAGACAUGUGGGAGGGGAUGCUUUCUUUUUGGGUCAGGGAGUGGAUCUUUACUUUAGGCCACUGCUGAGAGACAGAAACCUCAACAUCAUGAUCAUAGGUAACUAAUUACAGAUGAUUUGGUUUGUUAAUUUUUCUUAGAUGUUUCUUAUUUUCUAUAUUAAAAUUCAUAAAUGAAUUAGUUGAUAAAUAAGAACAAACUGAAUUUCAAAAAGAGAGAGAAAAGCCAAAGCUGAUGAAGAUAAAUACUACUAUAACUCUCAAAAAUUCACAAUUAUUAUUCAUAUGAAGCAUUACCAUAUUAAACAUUUUUAUUUUCUUAUCAAAAGUACAGUACCAGUUUGAAUGAACACUUUUGUAUUGCACUGUAAACAAUAUUAGAAAUGUCUACGUCUCAGUGAUUUGUCCAGGGAUGGGAUGUUGCAUUGUAGAAUAAGCUGUUAUUGUUGAUCAUCAGGAGUUUGUAUGUAUAUGUGAGUGAGUGAGUGAGUGAGUGAGUGAGUGAGUGAGUGAGUGAGUGAGUGUGUGUGUGUGUGUGUGUGUGUGUGUGUGUGUGUGUGUGUGUGUGUGUGUGUGUGUGUGUGUGUGUGUGUGUGUGUGUGUGUGUGAGUGUGUGUGUGUGUGUGUGUGUGAGAGAGUGUGUGUGUGAGAGUGUGUGUGCGUGUGUGUGUUUGGAUUGUAGGUGUGGGUGCGUGGGUGUAUUCAUUGUGCAACAAUCCCUUACUCUUGGUUUAAUGCUGUAAACCGCUCGACAUUUGACAACAGCAGAAAUAUGUGAAAACAUUUUGGACUUGAAAAUUUUUUCUCCCAGAAAUUUUUGUAUCUGGUUUAUCCUACUGAAAAGACUGCCUUAUUUUAUACAAUAUUUAUACAGUACAUCCCACUGUGCAACUGCAACGGACAUCUGGAGUUUUUAUUAUAACAUAGUCAGAAGGUUAUGUUCAAGUAAAUCUCAAUAUUUUUAUAGACAAUGAAUUUUACACUGGAUUUGCAGCAAAUGAGAUCAACCAUUAUAGCUAUCUGAAUACCUGUGAAUUGGAUGGUCAUGUAGAGCAUGUAUACAGAGAACUAAAUGGUUAAGAAGGAUGUGGAUCGCAGAGUUGUCUAUCACUGUCUUUAAGCAGUCUCCUAGAGGCCAGCUUGCAUUGAUUUUUGAUCAAACACCAUUCUAUUUUGGCCACUUGUCCAACAUCCUUAUGCACAGACCCAGGGAACAGCUUUUUGUUCGAGGCUGGUUUCAGAUUAGGAUACUAAUAUAUGUUAAAGAUUGUUGCUUAUUAAGAAUAUUUCCUCUUUAAACAGUAUAUAAAUGCCAUAACAGCUAAGCAAAUGAUGGUUAAUAAGAUGUAUUGACCAUGGUUAUCUUUGUUUCUCUCUUAUGACAGAAUUGUACACUCAAUCAGGGGAUUUGUUUGUUCCUUCUGAUUCACAUCUUGGUCUGAAGGCACGGAAAAAAAAUUAGAAACUAUUCAAUGAAAAAUAAAAUAAUGUCAAUUAUAA